AUGGAGGUCUGUGGCAAUGAUCCAUCGAAGGUCGUCUCCAGCAUAACAAGUUCUUUUACUCACCAGCCUCGAGAGUCUCCUGACGGCGGGCAAGGGGAGGUGUUGCGCGUGUAUCCCUUCUUUCUGUGUGUCUCUUCUGGCGUGAGGAAGAACGGCCUCGUUGCCUCAAGAACGGAGAAGGAAAUUAUGAUGGGUUUAAGAACCGUGUUUUGGCUCGUGGUGCUGGGCUGUUUCGCCGUGCAAGUUCGGGCGCAUUUUGGAAGCUGUGAAGACCACACGCCCAUGUGCGUAUCAUGGGCGCGCAGAGGGCUGUGUCAGAGGGACCAGCUGUUUAUGAUCCAAAACUGCCCUGUGUCCUGUAACCUCUGUCUAGAUCCAGAGUGUCGGGACAAGAACCACAACUGCGCUGAUUGGUCAAGGAGAGGUUUUUGCGUGUCUCACCCCCUGCAGAUGCUUCCUCUCUGCCCCCACUCGUGUGACGCCUGCAUCAUCCCUAUUUAAGAUUGGGGGAUUUUUUUUCUUUUUUUUGGGGGAGGGGGGAGGGGGAUAUGAAUCUUUUUAUUUUCUUAUUUGCGUGUGUGUUCAGGAUUUUUUUUUUUUUUUUUUUUUUUUUUUUUUUUUUACAUAUGUGCUAAGUAAGCGUUUUGGUUUCGAUUCAAUGGCGGUAUAAUUACUGUGGGUAAAAAAAAAUCUGGAAAUCUAUUUUAUAUGUUAUUUUUGUAUGCGAACGGAAAGCUUGUAGUUCAUCUAUUAGAAAAACAAACAAAAGUAUUAGUAGAGAUAAUGAGAUUAAUUUGUGAUCAAAACACCUCAUUUCUAUUCCAUAAUUCUCUUAAUAUUGUCCACAUAUGCUGUGAUAAUUAAACAAUUUAGUAAU